AUGAACGACUAUUACACCUUUUUGACCACUCUCUACAUACCAUGUUCAGCAUUGAAACACCCGCCUCCGGGAGGAUGGCCGAACAUUACUGCAGAGGCGACAAAGAGUCUGGACAAAUCGCCUGUUGUCAUUGAGGUCAUGAAGCAUUUACCAUACAUCGAUGAGGCCGAGUCCGGUGAGAUGAUCACGAACAUUCACUACAAGAGCGAUGUGGUAGACUACUCCACAUACACAGCAGAGGACUUUGAGAAGUACGAUGUAUCGUAUGGAGAAGACGGGCUCAAAGUUUGCAUUGAAGAGAUGGAGGAGCGGAGGAGAGAAGAAGAAGAAGCAGAAGCAGAAGAGGAGGAGGAGGAGGAGGAGGAGGAGGAGGAGGAGGAUAAUAACGACACAACUGAGGAUGAAGAGAACAACAUCAACGAAGAUGAAGAGCACAGCGAAGACGAAGAAACCAAUAGCGCCGACGAGGAUGCACCGCACGACGAAGGUUACUCUUCCGACGAAGAAGAAGACUACGGCGACGACCCCGACUCCGUCGACAUAAAAGACAUCCUCCUCCUAUCCAUGGGCUACGAAUCCGGCGGACGGAUCCUCCUCCUCGACGUGCACAAAGGCAUCAUCCACGAAGACAUAGUCCGCUGCAACCUCGUCUCUGGCGUAUGGAUAGAAGACUUCUUCGACGAUAUGAAGGACAAGCUCCGAAGGCUGGAUUGCGUACCCGUAAGAGGCGAGUUCUACGAGGGCGUGCCUGAGGUGGAGGAUGUUGGACCGGUGCCUGAGACUGCGGAUGAGUCUUUGGAUGAACAUGACGAGGAGCAUGUGAAGGUGUACAAGAGGAUUUAUCGCAAGUUUGGGUGGCCGGGGAGGGAGUAUAGGAAGGAUGAGGCGAUGGACGCGGUGGAGAAGUAUCGGGUUAGUGCUUGGGGGUAUUGA